AUGGCUCCGAAAAACCAAGCAGCCUGGAUCCCAGCGAAAAACGUACGACCGUUCCAGGUCGGCGACGCCCCCUACACACCCCCGGGCACCGGCCAGCUUGUUGUCAGGAACAAGGCCCUGGCCAUAAACCCAUUUGACUGGGUACUGCAAUUUAUCGGCCCUAUCCUCGCAGGCUAUAUCAAGUAUCCCUUUGUCCUCGGUACCGAUGUGGCGGGAGAAGUUGUCGAGCUUGGACCAGAUGUGACGCGCUUCCACGUCGGCGACCGCGUGUUUGGAAGUGCUACGGCGAUUGCAAAGACGGUCAAUAGCCCGGCUGAAGGGGGUUUCCAACUGUAUACGGUCAUGCGAGAACACAUGUUGGCUCCAACUCCUUCUCACUGUACGGACGAACAGGUUUGUGUCUUGGGCCUGGGCCUGGGAACUGCAGCGUACGGUCUGUUUCACCCCGAUUAUCUGGGUCUCGAGAUGCCGAGAAUACCGGCUCCGACGGAUGUUCGGGGUGAGCCGGGCAAGUUACGGACUGUGAUCAUUACCGGCGGCGCGUCCAGUGUCGGAAGUAACGCCGUCCAGCUCGCCGUGUCCGCGGGAUACCAGGUUAUCUCGACUUCAUCUCCCAAGAACUUUGACUACGUGAAGGAUCUUGGUGCGAGAUAUGUGUUCGACUACAACAGUGCAACUCUGGCUGAGGACAUUCUUCGGGCUCUCAAGGAUAACGAACUGGUCGGAGCCUACGCCAUUGGUGACGGUGCUGUCGAGGCAUGCACAGCAGUGAUGCAGCGCCAUGAUACGCAUCUCACGAGGAAGCGCAUCGCCCUCGCUGGCGGCACAAACCAGAGUGACCGACUUACGACCUUCGCCGGGAGAGCAAUGUUUCUUGCUGGCAUGAUUGGAGGCGUGCUUACCUCCACUGUUCGACGGCUGAGGACUGGAGUUGAAGUCAAGUUCAUUCUUGUCGACGGCCUAGUGGAUCCCGACAGCGUGGUGGCUCGCGUGUACACAGACUUCCUUCCACAGGCCCUUGAACAGCGUCAGUUCGUGCCGGCGCCUCCUCCUCAGGUUGUGGGUAAAGGUUUGGACAAGAUACAAGACGCAUUGGAUUUACAGAGAAAAGGUGUCUCGGGGAGGAAGAUUGUCGUGACACUGUAA